CGACUAAAAUUCUGGAACUCCGCAAGAUAGUAUUACAAUGGACGAUUUGACAGACUUAUGUUCGCUAAAAGGAUCUGUGUCUGCGAACGUCGGCAUUCCGGCGCGUGUGGUCGCUUUUUGAUACCCCAGUAAAUUCGACGCUAUAUAAAACAGGGAAGGUCAGACGACUCUUCACUAUCCCUACCCCUACCUGCCUCACGAUGCGCAGAACUCACGAUCAACUAGCUGCAGACCAGAACAAGCCCGCACCACCCGUCGUCACCGCUGACUUGAGUGAGAAGACACUCAUCCUGAUCGGUGCGAACGCUGGUCUCGGGUUCGAGGCCGCAAAGCACUUCGCUAGCAUGAACCCUGCGCGACUGGUCUUGACGGCAAGAGAUGAAGCGAAGGGGAAGAUGGCUCUGGCCCAGAUCCAAGAGGACACUGGCUAUACCAAGGCGGAGCUAUGGAUCAUCGAUCUUGCCAAUUUCAGCGGCGUCAUCGCGUUUGCUGAUAAAGCCGAGCGUGAACUAGACCGAUUGGAUAUCCUUAUAGAGAAUGCUGGCAUGAUGACUUAUGAGUACGAAGAAGCGGAGGGUUGGGAGAGAACUUUGCAUACGAACAACCUCGGACCUGGCUUACUUGCGAUUCGCAUGAUCCCCAAGAUGGUUGAGACAGCUCGCAGGUAUUCAGCUCACCCGAGAGUGGUCGUCGUCGCGAGCGACACGCAUUAUUGGACAAAAAUAGAACAGGACGUCAUCGGUUCGGCUGGCAUCCUCGCGACGCUGUCAAACAAGGAGUACUGUACCCAAGAGGUGAUGUACCACCGGUAUCAUGAUACGAAGCUGCUGAACGUGCUGUUCGCGCGGGCUCUGCAGGUCCACGUCCGAUCUUCCCCGGCAAUGAUCACCGUCUGCGCUGUGAACCCAGGGCUGUGUGUCUCGGGUCUGCUGACGAGGCUCCCUUCUGAUGCUGAGGAGGCACAGGCUAUCCUAAAGGACCGAGACGAAUUUGCGUUCACUACGGAAGAAGGGAGCCGGCAACUGGUGUACGGUGCGGUUGGGUCGUUGGAUGACGAAGAGAGGAUUCGGGGCAAGUACAUACAAAUGUCCGAGGUGACGGAGGAGAGCGACUUUGCGAUCAGCGAGGAUGGGAAGAUCGUUGAGGGAAAAGUCUGGGAGGAGAUGCUGGAGAUCUUUGGUGAUAUUGAUCCCAAGGUUACGGAGGUGGCCAAAGUGUAUCUGACGAUGCCUUGAGUUCGGCAGUGGAAGACAUUGCAUCGAUUGUUUAUUAAGAGCCUGUCAUUUCUGUGUAUCCUGUACUGUAAUGCAUGGCAAUUUGAAGGGUUGGUCGUACUAUUGAC